GGCUUUCGUUACUGCGUUGUUUUCGGCUUUAGGGAAAAGUUAUGUUUCGGCGUGUUUGAUCUUGAUAAGAAAUUUGCAAAUCGGUUUAAAGUGAAAUUAAAUGUUACAGUGAGUCGGUUUUUGUGAUCGUGGAAGUAAUUUCGAUUGCGUAGUUGCACCAGCGAACAACCAUGAUGAUGGAGAACCUGGAUCACGUCUAUUGCAACACGGCGUCCACCGAUGUCGGCAGUAAAGAUUCAUCCGAGCAGAUGAGUUUAUACAAGGAGGUUAAACAAUUGCAAUCCAUUCUACUGCUCCACUUGGAUCUCAUACAGGAGCAAAGUGACCAGAUAUUGGCCAAAGAUAAACUGAUCAUCAAACUGAAGGAUGAAAAUGAAAUGCUCAAACAUCAGCUGGAACUAGUCAACAAGCGGCUGCAGCAGAUGAAACACCAGAAGGAGCAACGAGAACUAGGCAUUCCAAUUAGAAAUGUUACUGUUGACAAAGUGUAUGAGUACAACAACCGCAUAAUUCCGAGCAUCGUAACGGAGCCGGCUCCGCACGAACAUUUGUCAGAACUGAGCGGCACAGUUGAAAAUAUCAAAAAGGAAAUUAUCUGCAAUGACUAUGACAACUUCGAUGUUAUUUGUCAGGACUUCUCUGGAGAGCUGGAAUCAGACAUUAAAAUCGAGAAUAAUGAAAUUGAAGAGGAGAUUUUUCUAAACUACUCAAAAUCAGACGAUGAAUCUGUUCCGUCUAACGACCCUCCAGUGGUUGACAUAGCACCGAUGACCGUGGAAUCCCAUCCCAAUAGUUGCAGCACACCAAACAGCUAUGACGUCAUUCCUACGCAGCCAUUGGAAAAUAUAAAAUGCGAGAACGAAGUAGAAUCCAACAACAGCAGCAACAGCAUUGUAAACAACCUUUCGCUACCAGAAGAGCACCAUGCUUCUAAUUCUGAGAUUAUUGUUAUUAGUGAUGAACCGGCAAAAAGUAAUUCAUACAAUCCGAUUUGCUCGUCGGGAAAUUCGUCCGAUGGCAGUUUUAUGCGAAAGUCAUGCAAAUUUAUGAUGACGUCUAAACCAUACAUCACCUGCAAUUGGAAGGAUGAAGCAAUCACAAACGAUUUGGAUCGGCUUCUGGAGAACGAAGCGGCCGAGCUGGAAGUUCCCUGCUGGACAGUGAUCGAAGAUAAUUAUGAAAGUGCUUCUAGUUCCAGUGAGAUUACUUCGGAAAACAUUAGCGAAGAAGUUUACCUGAAACGUCAUGCAAAAUUUGAAAUCGACGAGAGACGGCGCAAAAAGUGGGACGUACAAAGAAUUCGUGAGCAAAAAACAAUUGAGCGUUUGAAGAAGCGCCACUUGAAGACCGACUUCGAUUGUGAACAGAAGAACAUCGGUUCCUUUUUUCCGUCGGUGGAUUCGAUCAAGUACGUGCAAAUAACCGAGGACAUACCUGUGCAAGCAUUUGGAGAACUCAUUCCGGCCCUACCGACGAGCAGUUUCAGUCUACCCUGGAUGACGACGCAUGUUGACACGACAAGUAUUACGAACGUUACACCAUCCGAACUCGGGCCGGGACCGUUGUUCAGUGCGGCAACUGGUGUGUCAACAGCAACGACUUCCACCAGCACUUCCACGAUGCCACACGAGGUCAAAACAAAAUUCCUACACCGUAUGGGGCCAAAUCUCAACAUCCAGAAGCAACGGUUUACCAAGCGCAUAAAGAAGGAAACAUAAACACGCCAGUGGCGGCAUUGAGAGGGAACGGUGAAGUGCUUUAACAGAGAUCUACUUGAAGUGGUUUGUUCGAAUUUGUAUGACAAAAGUGAAUCCAACAAGAAAGGAAUGAAAUCCAGUAGGGUUAGGGAGACUUGUGUAUAAAUACAUAAUAAAACUAUGUAACCUGUAGAUAA